CAUAAUUAUUUGGUUGUAAAUUUGAGCUUCAACGUGGCACAAGUCGUCAGCAAACGAUAUGGAUAGAGAUCGACUUUUAUCUGAAGAUGACUAUGAGUACGAGCCCCAUAUGUACCCAUCCAACGGUUCAAGCGAUAGCAACCGUAACGUGAGAAGCCAUGAGAAUGGUAGUUAUACAAACUCUGGUCUAAGAAAGCAGAGCAGUUUAAUAAAUACAUUUGAUACUAGCAAGAAAAGUUUUGAUUUAUCUUCGACAUUCGAACGUCAAGUUGUGCUCGGUUGGGAGGAUAUUAAUGUGUUUGUACAUAAGCAAACUGGAUUCUUUGAUCGAUGUUUAAAGCGGGGUCGGGGAAACAUUGAAUUUGUCGUCAACCAAAUCUUAAAUGGAGGUAAUCAGAGUUUAUGUAUUCAAGUAUAAAUGCAAAUAUAGUUAGAUUUUGUUCACUGCAAGUGGAUAGAGUACCUUGCAUGAUCGAUAUGGCAUCGGCAGGGGUUCUGCCAAGAUAGUACCAUGGUUUAUAUGUAUUAAUUAACCGAACAUUUAACUGCAUUGUAUGAUUAUUAUAUGCUUAUAUUACUAUACUAAAUAAAAUAUUAUUCUUCCGAAACGGUAUGAAUGUAAAACAGCGAAUCUAUAGUAAUAGUAGCAAAAUUAUUAUUGUAUAUGUUGACCCAAAAAAGGAUGUUGCAGGUCGAGUUAUUGACUCGGGACUCGAGUCGCUAUUUGAGCCAUUUGACUCAACUCGGGCUCGACUUGCUGAUUACUCUGCUGUAAAUGACCCGAAAUAACUCAGCUACAAAUAGUACAGAAUAAUUCAUAAAAAUUAUUGUGGUUCAUGAAUCAUGUAUUGGUGGGCAGAAUAAUGAGUUUUGUGAACAAUAUGAACAUAGAGGUACGAGACAGGGAGGUAGGGAGGGCAACUGCCGGCCCCUCCAAAACUUUAGAUAACCAUGGAUCAAAAUUCGUGCAAAUGUUAGGAAAAAUCAAGAAAAUUCGGGCACAUACAUCAGAAAAUAUGUUAAAUUCAAGUUAUUUCAUUACAAUCCUCCAUAAAAAUUCGGGAAACUUUCAACUCUGGAAAGCAUUAGCCCCGUAUACCUAUGAAUAUGAACUUCGAAACUUUAUCAGAAAAUACAUGAGAAUUUUCAUGAGAUCGACCCCCGACUAGAUUGCGAGCGGUCCCUCCUUUCCGCGGGUUUAGAUUUACCCGACGGGCAUGCAUGACUGCUCAAUGCAAAAUUCCCACUCAUUCACUAUUUACAUUUCCUGUUUUUAGAAACGACGCUAGUGUCACAUUUUUCAAAAUAUAGUCUCAAAACUUUGUAUACCUGCCAAUUUUGACCGGCUGUCAUUUCUGGUAUUUAUAUGAAGUGCUAUAGCUUCGAAUUUUAAAUCACUUAAAAAGAGUGAUGGAAGGUCUAUACUUCUGACUCCAGUUGCAAAUUCAGUUGCAGUUGCAUAACGUCUUCAAAACAAUAUUGGCGCAGUUUUAUUACAAACAACAAAUGAUCUACCUCCACCCACUGCCGGUUUAGAGACAAAAAGAGAAUACUUUCUCUCAUAUAGAAUUAACCAUGUGGUUUCUUUGCAGUAAAUGGCGAAAUUCCUUCCAAAAGUCUUGUUGCCAUCCUUGGACCCAGGUGAGUUUCAUACCGAGGUUCAUCGGCAUAUAUAUUGGGCCAUUCCAUUUAAUAUAGGCACCCCCCCCCGUAUUGAGGGGUCUGGAUAUCCUAUGGGGGGGGGGGUUACCUUAAAUUUUUCUGGAGGGCAGCUUAAGAAAUUUAAAAAAAAAUAGCAAAAAUUAGGUGUUUUAGUGAUAUCCAAGAGGGUAAAAACGAUAUCCUAAAGGGGUGUAUAUUCUAUAUAUUAGGGCCAUUAUUCUUUUUGUUGUACAUCAAUGAUUUGCCACAUUGUCUAAACAAAACAAAACCGCGGUUGUUUGCUGAUGACACAAAUUUGACUGCUUCAGCAAAUUCUAUGACUGACCUAGAGACUGCAGUAAAUUCUGAUUUAGAGAACCUUAGAAAAUGGUUAAUAGCCAAUAAACUUAGCCUCAAUGUAGCCUCAGUGUAUUAUGUUGAUUGGCUCUAAACCUAUGAUCAAAAAUAUUUCUGAUUCUUGUCCAAAUGUUUACAUUGAAAAUAUACAAAUUAAACAAGUUCAUGAAUGCAAAACUCUAGGAGUAACAAUUAACCAGCAUUUAUCUUGGAAAAGUAAUACCGAAAAUAUUUGCAAAAAAGUUACAGCAGAAAGUUCGUCGGAUUAAACACUUAUUUUGAUAUAUAACAAUAUUGUUCGUCCGUACUUUGACUACUGCUGUGAAGUAUGGGAUGAUUUAAUUUGGUGAAACUCAAUCAAAACGACUGCAAAAACUGCAAAAUAGAGCGGCAAGAAUUAUUCUGAAUAUAAGCAAUGACGUAGAUUAUACGAUUGCUUUACGUACUUUGGGCUGGGAGCCACUCCAAACUGAAAGGAAGAAAACUAAAGCAAGAAUGAUGUAUAAGUUAUUUAACAAAAUGGGCCCAAAAUCACUCACAAAUCUAUUUUCGUUUAAGAGUGAGAAAACUAAUUACCACCUUCAGGAUGUCUCAAGUGGUCUUUAUUUACCAAAACCUCGUACAGAUAGCAUGAAAAUUAGUUUUAUGUACGACGGAGCAAACAUUUGGAAUUCUAUACCAAAAGAAAUUAGGGAAAGCAAGUCACUUUCUUCCUUUCGAAAUAAAACGAAAUAACGACUUUAGGCAGAGCGUUGACAGACUUUUUCACACGAGUCCGUAGCGAGAAUCGAACCCAUGCAUGCACGGCCACGACCUGAGAGGUGAAAGGCGCUUGAUCUGCCUUUCAAAUCCAAGCAGCUCAAUCAAGAAAACUAGCUAUGGGCUCAAUAGUUCACAAAGUGACGUACUUUUAACUACUAACUGCCAGUCAUGCAUGCAGUGGUGUUGGUAAUGUAGGUAUACUUCUAUAUAUGAGUCCAUCUUUUUGUCACCUGCGAAUGUUACCAAACUGAACUAUUUUGCAACUUGAAAACCAGCUAAAACCACAGGAUCCCGCCGGCCAAUCGCUAAAUAAUUUCAAGUUGGUCCAUGCAUGUUUUUGUUUCAGGUAAAGUUUAAUUUUCAUGCAAAAAUAUGUGGUAUUCUUUAUAAGACUCUUUCAAGCUUUUCAUAUUUCGGUAACAUUCGCUGACCGCGAAUUAUGUCUUUCUCGAUGUUUCCCAGCCAGCUGGCUUUUCGUACCACGUCUAGUCUUAACAUUACCAAUUCAAUCUGUUUAAAAUGUCCUCAUUAGACUUCUUCCUUGUCCCCCACUUCUCCAUUCUUCCUUAUCUCUGCAACGUAGAGACUAAAAUAAUUUCAAAUAUUUGAUUCGAUCCUUACUUUAGAGGAGCAGGGAAAACAACCUUUCUCAAUGUAUUAGCUCAUCGCAAGAUCGAGCAGUUGGAAGUAACUGGUACGGUGUAUGUUCGUGAAGAACCUGUUGGAAUAAAUAUCAGAGAAGUAUCUGCAUAUGUCGAAGACAAUGACGUAUUUGUUGGAUCAUUGACAGUACGAGAGCACUUGAUCUUCCAGGUAUGAGAUGCAUGCUGUAUACAGUCAGCGGCGUAGCUAGCCCCAAACGAGUGGGCGGGGGUAGGGAGUCUAAUCGUCCAGCCAUCCGGAGGCAUGGUACACUGAAAAAUGUUUCUAUUUUUAGGGUCUGCGAAACUCUAUUUCAUUCAUUUUUAGACACCUUUCAUGAUAAUCUGAAAGCCCCAGAUAUGGUAUAUUUUAUGUUAUAGAUGAAAACAUUAAGCGGUUGGGGGUGCGCACCCGCCCCAUUUCCCCCGUGGCUACGCCUGGCCCCUCUGUAUAGUAGCUACUAUUAUUAAAUAAACUUUUAUAGUAAAUUAUAUCAACUAAGUCAAUGUCUUAUAAACAAUAAUCAUAUUAUUAUAAGUUUUUUAAUCGAUGUCGAUGUUUAAGGACUCAUACCGUCAUAUACGAGUCGUAUAAAGAUUAUUAAUUAACCAGACGUUCACAUGAUUGUUUCAGGCAUUAUUAAGAAUGGGAAGUGAUGUAUCACGUGAAGAGAAACGGUCAAGAGUGGAAACCAUGAUGGAAGAAGUACGCGUACUUUUUAUUUUCUUCUCAUGAUCAUUCGUUAUACAUACCAUAAAUAUAGAGUGCACUUAGGCGUACCAAGGGUGUGGGCAAGGUGUCUAUAAGUUGGGCAAAUUUUCAACGUAUGUUUGGCAAAUGUUCAACUUUAGUUGGGGAUAAAAUAGGGGAAAUGAAUUGUAAAGCAAAACCUAUGUAAGAUAAUAGUUGAAAAGCAGUAUGCUUGGAAGUUUAGCGCGCAAAAUAUUUUUUGAUUGGUGGGGCAAAUUUUUGUCCCUCCUUUCGCGUAUGGACGUGCACACAAUUUUCUAUGCAAUGACAAAGUUAAAAUUCCAUUUAUUCUUCUACGCUAAAGCGAUGUUUUUUUUAAAUUGUUUGUAAAUAACCAGUUUGGUCUAAAAGAAUGGGAACAUGUACAAAUUGGAUCUCCAGGUUCACAUCAUGGGAUUCCACGGGGAGCUAUGAAGAGCCUAUCUAUCGCAUCGGAGGUAUGUUAACCAUCAUUGGAUUAAUUAAUGUAUCAAAUAUACAAACACGAGCUGAAAGCGAGUGGUUGUAUACCUCAUACAACACACGAAUGCUGUAUAUAUUUACUGAGGAAAAAAUUCGGUAGUUCUGUAUAGGUGGGCACAACAUUUCAUUAAACAUUGAUUUCUUCAUGAGUUCUCUCCCCCUCUCUCGUUAGAAUCACAAUUUUUGAUUUCCAGUUAAAGGUAGACGCAAACAGGCAGUAUGCUGAAUCUAAUUCUUGGGGAUUUUCAGUGUCCAGUUACUUCGAAAAUCAUGUUGUCGUAGGGUUUUAUUCGUAUUAUUCUUGGUAACUGUACUCGGUAACUGUACCUCCUUGGUAACUGUAACAUGCAGUUUUAGUCUCUAAAUAUUUUGCCUAACCCAUUGCCGUUCCGAACUUAAGUUCGUUUUCCAUCGGGCACUUAAGUUCGUUUUCCAUUGGGCGAAUUUGUUCGCGCGAGGCGACUUUUUCCUUUACCGGCAUUGCUUUUCAGGUAAGGAAAUGUGGUAUUCCAAUAAAGGAAAAUGAGUCGUGUGUCACGCGAACUAGUUUGCCUAGUGGAAAACAGGUGUGAAGUCCAUUUUGAAGGUUACCACAGAGAAGUCAAAGAAAACCCAUGAUUUUCGACAUGCAGAGUUGAUUAGCUUUUCUCCUAUCUAUUAUAUAUCUUGAGAUCUGAGCAAGAAUCGGAUCGGGUGACCCCAUGCUCUCAGCUCGCUCUGAAGAACGCGCAAGUGCGCCACCAAGCCAUAGGCCACUCUAAAUUUGGAAUGAUAUAUACUAAAAGUAAUUAAGUUGUAUUGCACGUCGGUUUAUAUUUACCAAGCUGCUAAGGGAUGGACCAUUAGAAAAGUGAUGGGCAAAAGCAAAAAUAAAAAUCGAGCAGGGGAAACAGAAAAAAAGUUCGUGCACCAGAAAAGUUUGAAAAAAAAAUUCGAGCAGAGACUUUUCAAUAGGGAAAAUUAUAAGUUGACAGGGCCUAUCAGAGGUACAUUGUAAGGGUGGCCCCCAAAUUUGUAAAAUUAAAACUAGAAAAAAUAACGUUUUUUGAUAUAAGUAAUGAUGUGAGAAAAAUUUUCUAAACCUAAAUGUAGCAGAUAUUGGUGCAAAAAAGCGUUUUAAUCAUGUUUUAAGAAGAAUUUGUCAGGGGAAAUGUGUUUUAAACCUUAACUAAAAUGAUGUUAGUCCGGAAAAUUUUUUUUGACCCCUUUUUUUAUGUCCUGAAAAAAUUUUUUCACCCCCCUUCCCCGCUCGCCAACAAUUUUUGGAAAAAAAAUAAAAUUCGAGCAAGGGAUUAUUAAAAAAAAAUAAUCGACACAAGCAAAAAAUUUUGAAAAAAUAAUCGUACACGUUGGAAAUGGACCCCCCCCCCCCAUCACUUUUUUAAUGGUCCGUCCCAAAAUAUAAUUGGAAGCAUUCUCUUUUCAGUUGCUGUCAAAUCAAAAGUUCAUAUUGUUCGCGGAUGAUCCACUCUCUGGUCUGGAUUCACUCUCUUCUUAUAUGCUGGUCGAAACACUUCAAAGAUUAGCUAAUAGCGGAUACACCAUUUUAUGUACUCUUGAUCAACCUACUUCAGAUGUCUAUGCUCUGUUUAACAAGUAGGCUAUGUACAUGAGAUUCAGAGUAAUUCUCCUAAUAUAGUGUCAAAUUAGGAACAUGAAGGAACAUCCCUGGUAACAUUUGAACGAGUUUGGAAAAGAAAUGCUUAAUGCUUUCAUCGUUGCAAAUUACAAACAAACUUCGUCAUCUUUACCUGUAGGAGGAAAUCGGUGUAUAUGCGGAGAAAACCCACGAUAGCUUUAGCAGAGCUUUUGUGUAAGAAGUUCUCACCGGAGCCUUGGAUUAGGUUUCCAAGUGAGAUUUUCGAUGACACAAUCGAUUUCGGAGGUGGAAGGCCAUUGCAUUUAGUACCGACUGCGAAUCAAAGCGUUUCACAAUUUCACAGACUUGAGCUAGGCCGGCUAUACUUUCAUAUGAGAAAUUUGGAACCGUACGCAAAUUCGUCCAAAAAACCUCCGUAUAUAAGCCCUGUAUAUUUAUUCGUGCGAAUCAUUGCUGGUGGGCUUAUACACAGGAGGGCUUACAUACGGGAGGGGCUAAUAUAUGAACAAAAAUGGUUUGAGGCCAUUGAGGGUCAGUGAGUAUAGUGGGCUUGUGCACAUGGUGGGCUUCGAUAUCGUGAAAUAUUCAAAAUUCGAAAUUUAUGGUAUCGUGCAAUUGUGCAAAUUUAUUUAAGUGUGAUUCCGAAUUCAUCAUUGUGAACUAUUAUUAUUUAACUCUUUUCAAGAAUCAUAAUACUGGCUGAAGGUCGGAUCACAUACCUGGGACCAAGUAAUGAGGCAGUCUCUUACUUUGGAAGGUAUGUUUGUUAUUUCCUCAGUUAUAUUUUAUUCCGAGAUAAAUAUAAUAAACUGAACAUUCUCGAAUUAGUUUUUAUAUUCAGUCUUGGCAGUUGGAAGGAGAGGAUCAAGCCCGGUUGAAAAUGAAAUAGCGAUUGGUGUCUUUAUGCUGUUUAUAGGCUAAUAUCAGUUUAUGCCAGGCAUCCCAUGCAUAGUAAUUCGAACCUUCAUUAUAAUGCCUAGCAUCCCAUGCAUGUGUCUACAAUUAUAUUGUUUGCUUACAUGAAAUUCCUUCUGCCUGCAGUGUAUAAGGCGGGUGGGUACUAUAUUUCACUACUACUAUAUUUCGCGACUACCAUAUUUCGCGACUACCAUAUUUCGCGACUACCAUAUUUCGCGACUACCAUAUUUCGCGACUACCAUAUUUCGCGACUACUAUAUUUCGCGACUGCUAUAUUUCGCGAAAUACUCCUCAGCCCUCCCAGCCGCAUUAUUAGACAGGUUCAGAUUUGACUUCCACUACCGCUACCUUUGACGGCUCCAUUGGUAGCGGUCGCGACGGACUGUUUAGACCUGUUCAGAUUAGACUUCUCCCGACGACCAUAAAUCGCUUUGUUACGGUCCCAAAACAAAAACAUGCGACGAUUUCCUCACUCUCUUGCAGUUACUGCGCAUGCGUAACACAUUUAAGGUAGCGGUAGUGGUAGUGGAAGUCAAAUCUGAACCUGUCUAAUAACACACUUAUACUUGUAGGUACUAGCAAUAAGGGUAAAAUAUUAAUUGUCUGACAGUGACAUGACGUAAAGACUUCACAGGUCAAUUUGCAUUGCCCUUGCCGAUUUGAGUAAGUCAAUUAAAAUUAUCGAGAAACAAAUGAGUUAAUUAAGGCGAGCAUUUCAAAGCAGAUCCACAAUACCUGCUGUGUUUCAACUUUCACGCGAUUGUUACAUUUCUGUUCUUUUUCUUCUCAUAGCAUCGGAUUUCCAUGUCCCGGAAAUUAUAAUCCAGCGGAUUUUUUUAUUCGAACACUUACAGUCAAUCCUACAGAAUAUGAACAAUCCAUAGAGAGAAUUAAAGUAAGUUUUCUUGUAAACAAUAUCCGCCCAAUAAAAUCCACUUGUAGGCCUAUAUAUAUGUUUCUGUGAAUGAAUCUUUAAUGGCAGUGUAACACAUCAUUCAUUACUUUGAAUAUCAAAUAGUCUUGUGCUCUUCAUUUCUUUAUUUAUGAUUAUUUUCUAUUCCAGUAUGUUUGUGACAAAUAUAGAGAAAUUGAAAUACGUCCAAGAGCAAGAAGUGCUUUAGGGCCAAUCGUGAGUAUAUACGGCACACGUAACACGCUGAAAUUCUAUUAAAACGUUUCGCCAGUUCCCCGAUAAAAACAGGACAGCCACAGGGGCGCCGGAAGCAAUGUGAAGCGGCGGGGGCAGCCAUUUCAAAAGGACACUUGCUUGUCAGCCAUCAUUUUUCUGGGCGGUAAUAUUUGUUAAAACUUUAUCGUAUGGAUACUCGAUUACUUGUGGCUAUUGUGGGUCGGCAAACUUCGACAUUAAUUUUGAACAAUUUUAUUUGUUGCACCAUGUUAAGGGCGGGCAGUAAACGGACGUAUAUUGCCUGAUUUAGCAUUAAUCAGGGACCGCGGAACCGGGGGGCAAUGGGAGCAUGUGCCUCCACACUUUUUCAGUAAAAGUGGAAAAAAUGCUCUUUUGGGGGGCUAAAAAGAAAGUGCCCUUUUUGCAGUAGUAAAGACUCUGUAAAGGCCAUUUUCGACGUUAGCCUAUAUAGGGCUCCAUAUUUUCAAAAUAUUUUGUUCGGCUCGUGAACGACAUAAAAUUGUUUGAUUUUGAUCAUAAUUAUACAAAAAUGAUUCCGCGGCCUCUGGCAUUAAUUUUACUAUAACUGGUUAAAAUUAAGCAAAGAUUGCUUAAACAUUGCUUAAAAAUAGUUAUAAAUUCCAAUUCAUGUGAAUAACGCACAAAUUUCGAAGUGCAGUUCUGGUGAAAAAGGGCAACCUGUUGCCCCCGUGCCGCCCCCGCACUGUUUCGGCAACGGGGGCAGUUGCCCCCGUGACUCCGGCGCCCCUGGACAGCCGUGCAACUAUGCGCGUUAACAGUUUUUAUCUUUUCGUUUACAAGCACAAGAAAUGAAUGAACAAUGCCUUUCAGUGAAAUUUGCUUUACUGCAUAUUUGCUUAACUAGGAUUUUAGUUAUUAUAAAUUAUUAAGCUAAAAUGGCGCUUAUAAUCUUGUGAAUCAGAAUUUGAAUGUACAGUAUGCAUGAUUCUGAAUGCGGCGUCCAUAAGCACAUUGACAUUUGGGUACUCAUUCCAGCACUGAUUGGUAUUUGAAAAAAUCCUGCUUGGGAAAUGUAUGGGCAGGGGGUGGGGGUCUGGGGACAUGCUAGUUCCCCAGAAAAUGCGUGAUCUAAUAAGGCUUACAGACGCUAUUUCCUGCAUUCUGAGAGCAGUUUUAACCAAAAAUCAUCUCGUGAAUAAUGACACAAUUAAUGCAACGACAAAGUGUUUACCGCGCCGACUCUUACUCAGUUGACUCAAAACAUGAAUAGCACCAAACCAUCUUUACACUUAGAACAAUGCCAGGUCAUUAACGAGAAAUGUCUUGAAAAUGAAAAGUAGAUGGUUAUCAGUAAUUCUUUAUACGAUGAAAUUACAUCCAUUGUUUAAAUACAUUUUACUACAGGAGUCAUUCGAAGAUCCAGAUAAAAGAACUACAUUGUAAGUAUAACCGCAAUUAUUAAACUGAAUAAAAAAUGCAUGUUACCUUCUUUUCCUAUCAUUACCUUUGAAUAUGAGAGUUUGAGAAAAAGGUUAUGAAGUGCUCACCCUGAGCUUAAACAGUUUCUCAGCAGUAAAGUUUGGAACCUCCCUUAUCACUUGCAAACUUUUUUUUUCAGUUGACACAGGGGGCUACAGCUCUCCAAGAGGUAGGAGUGGGUGGGUCGCUUUCUUCCCCUAAAAAGAUUAGAGAGUCGGAUAACUUAAUAGGAACGUGUCAGAUUCGUCGGGGCCUGAAAUGCAAAAUGAACACAAUGACCUGGUUUCUACAAGUCCCCCCCCCCCAGAACCAAUUUUCCGACGCUCGCACAAAAGCUGCUGAAUUUUUAGUUUAUAGGGGCUGUUUCAGAUAUCGGAUCUACUCUUUUCGAACACUGCUGUAGAACGAUGACCAAGGCGCAUCUGAAACCGGCUUUGAUUAGUAUAGUUACCACCGUUGCCCCUCAUUUCCAUGGGCAUGCUCAUAUAAGAUUUCACAUUUAUGUUAAUUUUUUAGCUUCCAUGCUGGCCGUGUCAGACAGUUCCUGGUUGUCUUAUGGCGUUCCUUCAUCACAGUUAAACGAGACAAGAAUGCUUUGUUUUUAAGAACAAUUCAAGCAGUUGUAAGUAGAUGUUAUAGUACAUACGGCACUAUAAACGCACUGUUUGUAUAGAUGCCAACAUCUGAAAGUUUUAGAACAUUUUGUUCUAGAUUCUUGGAUUUAUAACCGGCCAAGUUUAUUUUCAACUUGAUGAAGACCAAGAAGAUGUUCGAAAUUUCUCUGGCCUUUUAUUCUUCCUCGUUUUAAAUGUAACGUUUUCGUCAUUUCAAGGAGUGCUUUUUGUAAGUAUUUCUGCAGGAAUAUACAGUGACUCGUGCAGCCUUAUUAUCCGCAUUGGGAGUAUUCUCCCCCGGAAAAAAAUUGAAAUCUAGGAUUCCUGGAAUAGUAUAUUUAACAGUCAGUGGUUUCUUCGCAUAUUUCAAUUUCUUUUUAUUUGGGGCCCCUUUUAGCUGGAAACCCAGGGGAAAAUUGCCCCUUUCUCUCCCCACCCCGCUUGAGAAUUUAUAGGUAUACCAACACCAGACAGAUUCAGAUGGACCUUGUGCAUGCAUAUUACUAGUUUAACAAGAUUUAUUUAAAUAUAUAGCUCUUUAUUAAUAGUGUUCGUGGUACGAGGGGGAGGUUGUGUCAUGAGAGUGCACACAGACUAGGGACAUGUGAGUGGAGCAGAAGAAGUCCAAAAGUUAGCUAAUACAAAGGGCAUUUAAAUUUCACUAGACGCGUUACCAGUUUGGUUUGUCGUUUAUACAUAUAGAGGUUCACAGAGCGUGUUGGCUUUUAGAUUUUGCGGACUACCUUGCUGUGCCGUUGCUUUCACAUAAACACUUUGAAUCGUGUUCCAGUAUAUAGGUAGCAAUGCCAAUUUAGUAGAGGGAUUACACGCGGACCAAACUAACUGAAGAAUAUAACACGAGCUUAAACAAAAACAGUCGUUCCUCGUCCUUCCUAAUGCACAAGAUUCACACCGACAUGCACUGAUAUCACUGUUUACAUUUGUAUGUUUCUUUUCAGACGUUUCCUGUGGAAACAGAUUUAUUUCUACGAGAAAAUGAAAAAGGAAUAUACUGUACAAGUGUGUACUUCCUAGCCAAAUCUCUUGUCGGGGUAAUAUUUAGAUUGUCCAAAUGAGUAUGGAACAGUAUUAUAGUAGUUCUUAAUUAUUAUUUAAUUUGUGCAGACGAUUUCAUGCAAAGAAAACGAUUAUACUCUUGCGACAGCGUAUUUAUGCUUUAUUUUAGAUUAGGUUGUAAUUUGUAAAAUGCGUAUUUAAACUUUAUUUUAGAUUCCACUUGAUUCAAUUUUAACAAUAAUUUUAAUAUCCAUUGCUUAUUGGAUGUCAGGUAAUAUACGUUGUAUAAUAGUAUACUUAGUAUGAUAAAAUCAAAUCUGUAUGCACGAUAGACGGAUUGUGGAUGCAUAAUAUCCUUUCAGGGCGUGGACAAAUUCUUGCACAGAAUAACAUGGGAAGCCUGAGGAAUUAUAGUUUCGUUUAGUUUAUUGUGUACCACUGGACGGGAUCCUUAACAGGUUUUAGAACCGUGUUGACAAACUUAAGGUUUCCGAGGGUUUAGUUAGUUCAGUGUACGAUGAUGCCUAUAAGGAUUCGUUUUCAGUCUGGAAUGAAUUCAGUACCCGGUGAAAAACCUUUCAAGCACAGGAGAAAACCAACCACUCAAAUAUAUGAACUCGACUUAAUUAAAUGACUAUAUUUAUGAAUUUUCAAGUACACGGAAGUUACCUUUCUCACUGGUAAAGGACAGCGCGCGUAUAUCUGCCACACGUGCUUUCCUAUAAGUUGGGAAUGCGUAAAAAAGAUAACUGUAUAUCUUCUAAACACUAUAGGUCUCAGAGAAACAUCAGAAGCUUUCUUUCUCGCAUGUGGUACAGCAUUGUUGGUUUGUCACACUUCGGUAUCAUUUGGUAUGUUACAAUAUUUUACAGA